CACGUCCCCAAGACGACGAAUGGUUGCGACAGUCGCUGUGCUGAGCUGAAGGAGACGGAGGAGGUGGAUUGUCUUUUCUCCGCAUCACACGACAGUGUCGCUUCACACUAUUGCCAGUGACUAUUGCCAGUGCCGCCCUUUCCCGCCGAGUUGCCAUUAUCUGCGACAACCCGAUACAUAAUAAAUAAUGGACGAGAUACCGCCACCAACAUCCACCAUGGACUGGUCUGACGCGUCGUCAGGAUCGUCAAUCGACCAAACCAGCAUUGCGCCAACUCCCAUCAGACCCCGUCUGCCGAGCCGAAAAAGCAGUGGGACCAUGAUUGUACCCCGAGAUUCCUUAGAGGUAGGGCCAAACGAGAUGAAGCUUGGCCCGGACGACGUCAGAUCCAUGAGCCCGAGGAGAACAACCGAAGACAUAGAGGCCCUAGGUAAGGAGGCAAGAGAAGAGCUGCAAAGGCACGCGAAGGCUCUUCAAGACUCCCUCAUCACCCUCUUCAACCGGAUCGAGGCGGUCAAGGAGGAACACGACAAGCUCGACAACAACAACAGGUUCUUACAAAAGUACAUCGGCGACCUGAUGACGACCAGCAAAAUUACUGCCCCCAGUAGCAGGUCCAAGAAAUAAAUUCUCUUUGCCUAUGGCGUACCAGGGGAGCGUCGAGGAACGAGGGGGCUCGACUUGAGUUAUGCUCGGUUGGGUAACCGACAUAUUCGUCGCAAUCUCGAGAAAUCCCGACAACUGUCAGCUAGUCAUAGCGACAGCGCGGCUGUUCGGCAACCGCUGGACUUUAGUUUUUUAUUGUUUGCCACGAAGACGUGUG